GAACAAUCUCAGUAUCAGAAUAAUUUAAUUAUCGAAUCGCCUAUCAAUAUAAAGGUAGUAAGCAGUUUAAACAUUAUUUUUUAUAGAUAAAAUAAUCCAAAAAAUACUUUAUUCGUUCUUUUCUUUGUAAUUUUUUUGUCCAUUAAAACAUUUUUAGAAUAUACUCUCCAAAUAAACUAAAUCAUAAAAGUCGGUUGAUUAAUAAUCAAAAUAUCGCAUGGUAGUUUGUAUUAAUAGUGAAUGAUCUUAAUUAAUUUCCCGAUUGAAUUAACAAGAUUCAUUAUUUUGAUGUUUACGAAAUGGCGAUAGUUGUUUACUUAAUUUGAUCUUUAUGGGUUUUACUUUUUGGAAUGUUCUGGAUUUUUCUUAAGAAAUUCCGAGUCAUAUUUUGAUUGUAACAAAAAAUUCUAAAUCAUAUAUUCUGUUUUUAUUAAGUUUGACAUAAAGUUGAAUAACAAAAUUAUUUUUCACUGUACAUAACCAUUUAAUGGAAAAGACUUGUAUAUACAUCAGUAGCGGAGGAAAUAUCAAUUGAAAUUACUCGUAAUCGACAACGCAUAUCAAAAAAAUCUUCACUCUCUUAAAUAGGGUAGCGCAGAAUGUGUGUCAAACACUUAUGUCAAAAUAACUGAGUAGAAUUUAAUGAAUUUUCAUUAUUAUUAUAUUGCGAACGGUUUAAAUUUAAGUUUAAGAUAACACAAAUCGAUAAAAGAUAUUUAAAUUAAUUAUUAGAGCUGCAAUGGAACGUUUAUUUUGCGCUACCUUUUAUGAUUUGAUUCUAUGUAUUCGAUGCAUUCAGCGGACGUAGCGCUACCGCCAUCUACCGGGAACGUGUCGAACAUUCGCUGACAAGCAGUUUUCGAUUUAUGUAAAUUGUUUGUUUCUGUAAUUUACCUGUACUAAUACAACAGUUGCACAACGGUUUCGUCCUCUGAAUACAACCAUUGACUCAACUGAAUAAAUACGUAGGUUUAUUUUCAAUAUUAAAUCACAUAUUAAUUUAUAGUUAACGCUAAUAAAUCUACCUCUAAAGUUGAUGAAAAAUUGUGAUUAUAACUAUCUAGUCAUGAUGAUUAUUGUAAUAUAACCAAAAAUUGUAUCUAUUACAAGUUUCUGCACUAAUGAACUGAGAACUAUUCAACAUUGUUGUCAGAUAUUGAAUUUUUCCGAAAGUAUUGAGAAAUAAAUACAAACGUAAUUGUUUAAUAUUAAAAGAAAUGAAACUUUCCUUAGGUGUAAAUAUUAUGUAAAUAUUUGUACAUGACUUAAAAAUAAGGAAUUCGAUUUUAGUAUGUCGAGACAAUUGAAAAUGAAAUUUAUCGCACAUAGAUUGUUUUCUCGACAUUUUAAAAAUAAUUCCGCGACAAAAAUUCUCUAUACCUGCUGUCUUUCUAGAUGAGCCAUUAAGUUCGGCUAAAACGGGUUAAUGGACAUUGUAUAUCUUUUGAUCUACUCAUAAUAAUUCAAUAAAGUGAUUACAUCCUAAUCAUUUAGUAUUAUUUAUAUAUCCUAAACCCUUUAAAUUAAAAAAAAAAAGUAAACAAAACGUUACUGAUGUUAGUCGGCGAAUUGGACAAUGACAAAAUUAUUUGAUGUCACUAAAAUGGUGUAUUAUAUACCGGAUGUCUCAAUAAAUAUAAAUAUAAGAAACGUAUGAGCUAGAGUCAUCACUUAAUUGAAUUAUAAAGGGUUCUUUUAUCCGCUACCUUUUGCUGUAUUACUUCUAAUGUCCCAACCCUUUUUUUCUUAUCUAAAUCUUGAAAUUUCAUUGGCCUUCAUUCACCCAUGAUCUAUAAAACGGCAUAUUUAAAGAAAUUUAUGAAAUAAAUGAAUCUCACUAAGCCACGCCACUGUUUAUCACAGACUGUCUGGAAGAAAUUGUGUACAUACGCCUUCCGACGAAUAGAAAUAGAUUUAUGUUUACGAUUCGAUGUUUUCAUUGGUAAACAGUGGAGAUGAUGAGUCCACGUGGACUGACGGUUUGUUAGAUGUUGGAAGAACUGUAUAGUAAUCGGAUAAAAGGACGUAAGAUUUUUGUAUGUAAAUGUAUUAAUACAAUAAAAGACAAUUAUAAUUACUAAGCAAAUUUUAUUGAUAAAAAAUGAAAAUUUAAUUAUCAAAUUGUUAUCGCAGUCGAAUACUGUUUUCUAUUCUAACCUUUGGUAUUCAAGACAAGUACCCAAUCAGAUUAUUUUAAUCAAUAUGUUGUUGUGAAGCAUUCAAUAGGUAAAUAGGUGCUCAAGAUACAUUUUUUAUUUGAUUUUAGAAUAGAUUCACGAUUUAAUUGGAAUUAUAUCACGAUUCAAUGAAAAGAAGCAAAUAAAAAUGUCGCGCUUCUACUUCACAGCAAUUUUUCUUGUUUCCUUCACUGCAAAUCUAGUGAACGGCGACGAUUAUUAUCAACCAUUUCCAUUGGGUAUAGUGAAAGGUAAAAAAAGAACCACCAUAACGGGCGUGACUGUUUAUUCAUUUCAAGGAAUACCGUACGCCGAACCACCUACAGGGGAAUAUAGAUUCAGGUCCGCUAAACCGAAAGAACCGUGGACCGAUAUUCUAGAUGCGACACAAGAAAGAAGUUUUUGUCUACAAAUGACCUCCGAUACAGUUGCCGGUAGUGAAGAUUGUCUUUUCAUGAACAUAUUUUCGCCCAAAGAUCCAAGUUCGAGUCCAAACCUCCCGGUGAUGGUUUAUAUUUACGGUGGAGGUUUCAUCGAAGGUACUUCUGAAGACGUCAACAUCGGUCCCGAUCAUCUAAUGAAUUACGAUGUUGUUUACGUCACUUUCAAUUACAGAGUCGGACCUUUCGGUUUCUUUUCCACCGGAGACGAAGUUAUACCCGGUAAUUACGGACUUAAAGAUCAAUUGGAAGCUAUAAAAUUCGUUAAAAAUUACAUUCAAUAUUUCGGUGGUAAUCCGGAAAAAAUUACUAUUUUCGGUCAAAGUGCUGGUUCGGCUUCAGUUCAAUAUCAACUUUUGAGUCCUAAAGCUAGAGGAUUAUUCAGAGGGGCUAUUUGCGAAAGCGGUUCGGCAAUAAGCGCUUGGGCUUAUCAAAGCAACCAAACCGAAAUUUCUUAUUUGCUAGCAUCUUUACUCAAUCCCUCUUUAAAAAAUGCUUCAUCCACGGAAGUUUAUCAAUAUAUGAAACAAUUACCAGCCGAACAAAUCGACAGAGCCGCUCAUAUCAUACAGAAAAUGGAAAAACCUUCAGACAAUCAAAUCCAGCAAGGAUUUUAUUUCGCUCCAGUUAUCGAGCCCGAACACGACGAUGCAUUUUUGACUCAAUCAAUGUUCAGGAUGUUUCUCUUGGGAACCUUUAAUACAGAAGUAAAAAUUAUGGUCGGGGUAAAUUCCGAAGAAAAUCUUUUUUACGUAUCCAAUAUGACCAAUCUUGAACAAAUGGCCACCGAAAUAACUGCGGAUAGUUCAAUAUUGAUUCCAAGAGGACUACGAGCUAAUGAAUCGAAGAAAGCUGAAAUAGCAAAUAAGAUUAAAGAAUUUUAUUCUCCCUACCUUCCCUUUUCCUUAAACUGGAGAAGCUUGAUAAAGUAUUUCAGUGAUCAAAGUUUUGCUAGAUCUCUUAUCAAAUCAGCUGAAUUACAAUCGAGAUGGACUGACGUUUGGUUUUACGAAUUUGCAUUUCAUGGUGUUUUGGGAGGAUAUACUGAAGAAUCAGUUGAUGGUUUCUCUGAGGAUGUCAGACAUGGGGAAGAGAUGAGUUUUAUACUUAGACGUAAUUACGGAGGGUUAAAUACAACUGAUUUAUCGAAAUAUCCGGAAAUCGAUCAACUGGUCCAAAAACGAGUGAUCACGAUGUGGACCAACUUUGCCAAAUAUUUGAAUCCUACUCCUGAACCAACUGAACUAUUAGAAAAUAUAAUUUGGCCUACCGUUAAGCCUGAAGAUUUCAAAUAUUUAGCUAUUGGAUCUUGGUUAGAAGUUAAAACUAAUCCGAAGCUGGACAUGUAUAUGUUUUGGAACGAAAUAUUCUAUACAUAUGGCGCACAACCUUUUAUUUCUUGGUAAAUUUUCAUGAAUGUCUUUAUUAAAAAAUUUUCAAAUUA